AUGGCGCCCUCGCAAAGAGGCAAGUCGACGGGCAAGACCAAGCUCACGCUUGAGACACUGGCCCAAUACGACGACGUGAUUACAGACGCACUGGUGGACAAGGUCUAUUAUUGGACGAUUAUUCGCAAGAACCGCGGUGGGCGCUUUACUUCACUGCGUGGCCUGCACGAAGAGGACAUUGCCAAUAUCCUCCGCAAGCACGUCAUUUGGGACAAGGAUCCGACUGAGGCAGUUGUGAAGCUGCUGCAAUUGCCUGGCCUGCGCAAAUUUGUGGCUGGGCUAAAGACUGAGCGAGAUCAAGAGCAGUUCAAGCGUCACCUGCGGAGAUAUGUCAACAUCUACAUGUCGGACUGCCCCUUUGAGGUCACGACGACGAACCGCUACACUAUUACAGAACACGAGGCUUCGGUGACUGCACGACGCGACAUCAGUGCGCGUGAGGAGAUUAAAUACUUGACUGGGGUCCAGGUCGCCAUGACGGAAGAGCAAGAGAAGACGUUGGAGCUGCAGCGCAAGGACUUUAGUCUCGUCUACUCGAGCAGGAAAAAGACGCGAUCUUUGUUUUUGGGGCCUGCGCGUUUCGCCAAUCACGACUGCGACCCCAAUGCGAAACUGGCUACCAAGGGAUACGAUGGCAUGCAGAUUGUGGCUGUAAAGCCCAUUGAUGAGGGGGAAGAGAUUACAGUGUCGUACGGCGACGAUUACUUUGGUGAUGACAACGAGGAGUGUCUCUGUCGCACGUGCGAAGAGCGGCAGCAAAACGGCUGGGCUCCCAUGAAGCGGGUGGAGGAAGAAAGUGACGAAGAAGAGCAAGAAGGGAAUGUAGAGCAGGACAAAAAUAUAGAGGAAGGCCAGAAUCUUGAGCAAGUCGACCUCGAACCGGCGAGUGAUGGUGGGCCUCCGACUCCUUUUCCGCCAAAGAGAAAGCGAGACGAGUCGACAGAAGAAGACUUCUCGCAAACUUGCAUGCCAUUUUCCAAGCGCGUCCGGAUAGAGAAGUCUUCUCUAUGCAAACAGCGUGCCUCGGAACAUCUGCGAGAAGCGACGUUGAAGAAGGCGCACAGCAUGUCUGCUCUUCAUGAACAGAUUCCCGUGUCGAGCGUCGAGAAUCCGAGCACCAAUGUGCCAACCUGCCCACAAGUUUCACAGGACAUCCGAAACGAUCUUGCCUCAUCACGCGAGACCACCCCGCAAUCACCCACCUCAGCACAUUCGCCCAAAUCAUCGCAUUCGACAGAUGCUACUUCAACCGAUGCUACUUCAAUUGAUGAGGAUCUCCUGACAGACUCAACCGGCCCAAAGAUCAAAGUGGAACCAGAGAUUAUACACGACCGCCCGGCUCUUGGAGUGGCCAUGGUGAAAGAGGAGGUCACAACGACUACGGUAAACGCCCCGUGGCCCUCCCCUCCCGCAGAAGACUACAUGUCAGAUCUCAGCGAACUAUCUGAGAGUUUCGAAUUUGACAGUGAGAACGAACAGAUUGUCAAGCGCAAGCCCCGACCCAUACGUCGCACCACACGCUCGAAGUCUCGUUUUGAAAUCCAGAACUUUGGCACACCGGUUACCAUGGACGACACGGACGAUUUUGAGUACGUGGAAAACAAGCGGAAACCGGGAGAUUACAUGACAUCCUCGUCGCUGCUGUCAGCCAAGUACUCCAAGUGGAAUGAGUGCUACACGUGCGAAAACUGGUUCGUCCAACAAGACGGUUACAACACGCGCAAAGACUGCCCCCGCUGCGAGCGACACUCGAAACUCUACGGCUUUGCCUGGCCCAAGACGGAAAAGGAAGGCAAGCACGACAAGGAAGAGCGGAUCCGCGACCACCGCGUCGUCCAUCGCUUCGUCGACCCCGACGAAGAGCGCCAGUUGAAGCGCGAGAGGCCCAAGAAAGCCAUCAAACAACAAUUGCGCGACCGCUUCUCCACACCGCGUAGUGCGCGUACGAGCUUGAGUGAGAGCGUUGAGGUCGAUAGUGGACGGCGUAGACGCAGGCUCAGGAAGACGAUGUAG